AUGAAAUGGAAUAUAGUUGGCUAUUUGGGUAUUCUGCUAUGUGUCGUUCAUUGUUUUGGGCCAUUCAGACAAGCUUCUUGUAGUCUUUACGGGAACUGUGGACGGAAAUCGAUCUUUGGGAGUGAGUUACCUUGCCCCGCCGCAUCAGACAACAAGAAUGAACCAAUAUCUGAAGAUAGCAGGAAAUUGCUUGUUCAACUUUGUGGUGAUGAAUGGAAAGAUAUAAAGGAACUUUGUUGUACAGAUGCUCAAAUAUCGGAUCUGCGUACGUAUCUUCGAAAAGCAGAAAAUAUUAUAGCGUCGUGUCCUGCUUGUGAUAAAAACUUUAAAAGUCUAUUUUGCCAUUUUACGUGUUCACCGCAACAAAGCGAAUUUGUUAAUGUUACCGAAACAGAUACUUCUCUUGAUGGAAGGGAAGUCGUGUCAGAGCUUUCCUUUUUCGUUAGCAAUGAAUGGUCGCAAACGUUUUACAAUUCCUGUAAAGAUGUCAAGUUUGCUGCGACAAACGGAUACGCAAUGGAUCUAAUUGGAGGCGGUGCGAAAAACGAUCGGCAGUUUCUCAAGUUCUUAGGUGAUAAAAAACCCUUACUGGGUGGAUCGCCAUUCCAAAUCAAUUUUAAUUAUAGCCAUAAUUCCUCGUCAUCAGUUCUCAAUACUCCCGUCUAUGGAUGCGCAGAUAAUUGUUAUCGGUGUGCUUGUGCCGAUUGUCCUGGGUCUUGCCCGGAGCUUAAACCUAUUGGAAAAGACCAUUGCCAAAUUUUAGGAAUACCUUGCUUUUCCGCGGCUGUGCUAUCAGCUUAUUUUGCCCUCUUCUUUUUUAUAGUGGGUUGGCAUAUUGACAUUAUCAGAAAGAAAAAACAGCCGAUUUUACUGGAAAGCGAUCUCGAUAUUGAAGAUACCAGCACGGAUCAGCUCUUCCAGGACAUAUCAAUUGAACAGUACUAUUUUACGCAAAGGUUGCAAUUCGGCAUAGCGGGUCUGUGUCGCCAUUGCUUGGAAUAUUCUAAAACCGUCAUUUUCACUAGUGUACUCAUUGUCGUGCUACUUUCCAUUGCAGGUGUCGUUUUUGGAGAGCUAGAAAGAGACCCUAUCAAUUUGUGGGUAAGCAAGAAUUCGAAAUCAUAUAAGGAGAAAGCCUACUUCGAUGAUAAAUUCGGACCAUUUUAUCGUGUAGAGCAGAUAUUUGUCGUUAACGAAACUGGUCCUGUUUUGAGCUAUGACACUCUUAAGUGGUGGUUUGAUUUGGAGAAAAACAUUACCACGGACCUAAAAUCACAAGGUGAGAUUUCCUACAAUGAUUUAUGUUUUCGGCCUACAGAGGAUUCGAGUUGUGUCAUCGAAUCUCUAACGCAAUAUUUCGCCGGUGAUCUACCAUCUGAGAGCGAUUGGAGGCAGCAAUUGCAAGGAUGUACUUCGUCUCCUGUCAAUUGCCUUCCUCCUUUUCAACAGCCCCUAAAGCCAAACCUCCUUUUCAGUUCUGAUGCCGUUUUCGAUUCGCACUCUUUUGUCACCACGUUACUGCUAGACAACCAUACUUCUUCCUCAACUGAAUGGGAGCGCCAACUCGAAGCCUUCCUUCUGAAUGUUGAUGUUCCAACGGGGCUGAGAAUCAGUUUCAGUACUGAGAUGUCUUUGGAAAAAGAGCUCAAUAAAAAUAACGACGUCUCAAUUGUGUGUUUGUCAUAUUUUAUGAUGUUUCUUUAUGCGUCAUGGGCCUUGCGAAAUAACGCGGGUAAGAGUCGCUUCAUCUUAGGCGCAGCAGGAAUUAUUGUCGUGCUUGGAUCAGUUGCUGCGUCAGCUGGUAUUUUGAGCCUCUUAGGCUUAAAAUCAACCCUCAUUAUCGCAGAAGUUAUUCCCUUUCUAAUUUUGGCCAUUGGUAUUGACAACAUUUAUCUGAUUACGCAUGAGUAUGAUAGAAUAUCGAAGAAAAGUGAUGACAUGUCAUUGGACGAGAAAAUCUUGGAGGCCGUUAUAACUGUGUGUCCCUCGAUCAUCAUGGCUUUGUUGUGCCAAUUGAGUUGCUUUGUGGUCUCAUCUCUGGUUCCUAUGCCAGCAGUGCGGAACUUUGCCAUAUAUUCAGCAGUUUCAGUCGUUGUCAAUGUCGUAUUGCAGCUAUUGGUCUACACCGCUGUGUUGAAAGUUUAUGAACAAAAUUCCCGUCAGAAAUUUGUGCUGAGUGAAGACGUCAGUAGUAAAUCCCGAAAGCUGCUCGAUUUUUAUCACCAACUGGUUAGGCGAAAAAGAAGGAUAAUGGCCAUUUUCGUGACCUGGACACUAUUAUCACUACCAAUCCUACCAUUUGUGAGCGUGGGCCUGGAUCAAAAACUCGCUAUUCCCGAAACCUCCUACUUGAUAGAUUACUUUAAUGAUGUCUAUGAAUAUUUGAAUGUGGGCCCGCCUGUUUACUUCGUCAUGAAAGGUUUAGACUACAGUAAGAGAGGCGAUCAAAAGAAAAUCUGUGGGAAGUUUACAGCAUGUGACAGUUUCUCGUUUGCCAACGUCCUUGAACAGGAGCGCAGUCGAUCAACUGUGACAGAACCGAUCACUAACUGGCUUGAUGAUUUUUUCAUGUUCUUAAACCCACAACUUGAUAAUUGCUGUCGCUUGAAGAAAGCCAAUGACGAUGUGUGUCCCCCAUCUUUUCCGCCCAGAAGAUGCCGUACGUGCUAUGAUGAAGGGGAGUGGAAUUACGAUAUGACUGGUUUCCCGGAGGGUGAUAAUUUCACCAAGUUUUUCGACAUAUGGAUUGAUUCCCCCAGUGAUCCCUGUCCACUAGGAGGUAAAGCCCCGUAUUCCAAGGCGAUUGCAAGAAAUGGCAGCUUUAUCGAUGCCUCUACUUUCAGGAGUGCGCAUGAGCCACUCAGGUCACAAACUGCAUUUAUCAGAGCGUUCAAAGACUCCGAAAGAAUAAUCAAGUCAUUCAAAAACCUUGAUGUCUUUGCCUACUCUCCGUUUUAUAUCUUCUUUGCCCAAUACGCGUCCCUUGUGCCAUUGGCAAUCAAGCUAUUGAUCCUGUCUACCGUUGCGAUUUUCGCUUUCAGCUGGCUUAUAUUAGGAGUCUUAAAGACUGCGCUGCUCCUUACCAUUUCUGUCUUGAUGAUCCUGGUAGACAUAGGGGGGUUAUUCGUUUUCGCCGGAAUUUCUUUCAAUGCGGUCACCUUGGUUAAUUUAAUAAUCUGUGCUGGCCUUGCGGUUGAAUUUUGCGUUCACAUGGCACGGGCCUUCACCUUUAUUCCGCCAACUAUUAAAAAUGACAAGGGUUCUAGAAUGAAUCAUGCGAUUGAAACUGCAGGUGGCUCUAUUCUUACCGGCGUGACCCUCACAAAACUCAUUGGUGUAGGCGUCUUAGCUUUUACUCAAUCCAAAAUCUUUCAGGUCUUUUAUUUUCGGCUCUGGCUUAUGCUGAUUAUAGUUUCUUGUCUGCACGCGCUUCUAUUUCUUCCCAUCAUUUUGUCCUUAUACGGUGGGGAGAGUUUUGUUUGCAACGAGUUCGACACUGAAACAUAA